UCUGUUUCCCCUGGCCGGGCGUGACUUUGUCUUUCGCUUUUCUUUCCCCUCCCUCCUCCACUCCUUCCGUGUCCAGGCUGCCGCUAAGCCGCGCGUCUUCUUUGCUGCUGCUGCCGCUGCUAAGCCGGGCCCAGGCGAACAUCCCCAGAGAGAACCAUGGCUUCCCUCAAGGACAAGCUGAUCACCCCCAUUGCACAGCCAGCGACCAAGCCGAACAGCAAGGUCACCGUCGUAGGGGUUGGUCAAGUUGGGAUGGCCUGUGCCAUCAGCAUCCUGGAAAGGGGUCUGUGCGAUGAACUUGCUCUGGUUGAUGUCCUGGAAGACAAACUGAAGGGAGAAAUGAUGGACUUGCAGCAUGGAAGCUUAUUUCUUAAGACACAUAAAAUCGUAGCAGACAAAGAUUACUCGGUCACCGCCAACUCCAAGGUUGUCGUCGUCACUGCCGGCGUGCGCCAGCAGGAGGGGGAGAGCCGUCUGGACCUCGUGCAGCGCAACGUGAAUGUCUUCAAGUUCAUCAUCCCACAGGUUGUGAAGUACAGCCCCGACUGCAUCAUCCUGGUUGUUUCCAACCCAGUGGAUAUCCUGACCUACGUGACGUGGAAACUGAGCGGCCUUCCCAAGCACCGUGUGAUUGGCAGCGGCUGCAACCUGGAUUCAGCCCGCUUUCGCUUCCUGAUGGCAGAGAAGUUGGGCAUCCACCCCUCCAGCUGUCACGGUUGGAUCUUGGGAGAACAUGGCGAUUCCAGUGUGGCUGUUUGGAGCGGCGUCAACGUGGCCGGUGUUUCCCUCCAGGAGCUCAACCCUGCGAUGGGGACGGAUAAUGACCCCGAGGGCUGGAAGCAAGUCCACAAGCAGGUGGUUGACAGUGCCUAUGAAGUGAUCAAGCUGAAGGGCUACACCAACUGGGCCAUCGGUCUGAGUGUGGCCGACCUCCUGGAGACCAUCCUGAAGAACCUUUGCCGAGUGCAUCCAGUGUCCACCAUGGUAAAGGGGAUGUACGGCAUCGAAAAUGAGGUGUUCCUCAGCCUCCCGUGUGUGUUGGGAUCUGUUGGCUUGACCAGCGUGAUCAACCAGAAGUUGAAAGACAGGGAAGUGGCACAGCUGCAGAACAGCGCCACCACGUUGUGGAACGUCCAGAAGGACCUCCGGGACCUGUAGGCAUCGGGGGGUGUUUCCUGUUUAGUCACGAGAAGAGAACCAGUGUUCUGAAUCCACCCCACGCCUUUGCGUGCACCUGUCUAGCGUAACUCCGUAGCUGAGCUUUCGGUAGCCAUCCCCAGUCGGGACAAGCUUUCAUCCGCCGUGGCCAAGAUGUGUGCUUAAUGCAGACCUUCUGAACAAAUAAAACCAGCUCUUUUGUGUGUGCUCAA